AUGGACAAUGAACACAAAUUGUCGCACAAAGUAAAAAAGCGAAUCAAAGAAGUGAAAAGGAAAGCUAGACCUGAAUUAGCUGACAAAUACCAAUGGUCGGCCUUGAAGUACGCUUCUAAUUUUGAAGACUUCCUAAAAUGUUCUGACAAUGUCGACCGAAUAGAUGUUAACACAGUCUCUCCUGAAGAAUUUAUAGACAAAUAUGAGAAAAUAUACAAGCCUGUUGUAAUAACGAAUGUGCAAACCAACUGGAAAGCAAAUUACAAAUGGACCUUAGAUAGACUGGCCAAAAAGUACCGUAACCAAAAAUUUAAGUGUGGAGAAGACAAUGAGGGUUAUAGUGUUAAAAUGAAAAUGAAGUAUUACAUAGAAUACAUGAGGACAACGACUGAUGAUAGUCCGCUAUAUAUUUUUGAUAGUAGUUUUGGUGAGCAUCUCAGGAGGAAAAAGCUUCUUGAAGAUUAUGAUAUUCCUAAAUAUUUUAGGGAUGAUUUAUUUAAAUAUUGUGGAGAAGAAAGAAGACCACCAUACCGCUGGUUUGUGAUGGGACCUCAACGUUCAGGGACUGGGAUCCACAUUGAUCCUCUAGGAACAAGCGCUUGGAAUGCACUGGUAUUUGGUCACAAAAGAUGGUGCUUGUUCCCCACUCAAACUCCAAGGGAACUGAUCAAGGUAACUGGAGCUAUGGGAGGGAAGCAGAGGGAUGAAGCCAUAACUUGGUUCAAGUUGAUUUAUCCCAAAACUCAGCAAGAAAGCUGGCCCGAGGAGCUCAAACCGGUUGAAAUACUUCAAAAGCCUGGUGAAACAGUAUUUGUUCCUGGUGGCUGGUGGCACGUGGUCCUUAACCUCGACGACACUGUUGCAGUCACUCAAAACUUCUGCAGCCGCACCAAUUUCCCUGUUGUAUGGCACAAGACUGUCCGUGGGCGACCUAAGCUCUCCAAGAAAUGGAUCAAAGUUCUAGAAGCUAAAGAACCAGAGCUUUAUAAGGUUGCCAGUGGCAUGGACAUGAGUCAAGGCACUGGUGUUGCUUCAGACAGUUCAUCAAACAGCAGCUCGUCUAGCAGUGACAGUGACAGCAGUUCUACUGAUUCCAGUGAGGAAGAUAGUGGACAGGAAAGCAUUACUGCACACAAGAAAAAAAGACGAAGGAAACUAUGAAAGAACAAGCCUUAUAGUAUCAAAUUGUGAAUGAGUUACAUAAUAUAAAUCCCAAGCUAGUGAAAUUUUAAUUGACAUUAUAUUAUGAACUUUUAAUUUUUUCCCAUGCCUUAAUAUAUUUAGCAAACGUCGGUAUUGUGUAAGCCUGCCUUUGUAUUAUUAGGUAUAAUUGACUAAUUUAAUUCGUACU